CUCCCAGCCAGACGCCAUAUGCACGCCUCCACUAGUAGUCACCCCACUUCUGACUGGACAGACUAGACUACUCUGCUGCCUCUAUCUUUAGCCUGUUUACAUGCAAAUAUAACGCUAAACUCGUUAAAAACUCAGCUACCCUUGAUUGUAACACUAAGUGUGCUACACAUUCGGGUGAACAUGUAGCAAUGGAUUUUAUGAAGCUGUUUGGCACCGUUAUCGCCGUUUUGUUCUACCCUGGAUCCUCGUCCAAAAUAAAUGGCCAGAGGAUCUGUCGGCGCGGGACAGAGCGUCCAUGCUACAAGGUGUCCUACAUCCAGGAGAGCAGGCGGAGGCUGACCUUUGAGGAUGCCAGGCAGGCCUGCAGGUCGGAUGGAGGAGACUUGCUCAGCAUUGAAACAGAAAGCGAGCAGCGCCUGAUGGAGAGGUUCAUAGAGCAGCUGCAGGCUGGAGAUGGAGACUUCUGGAUUGGCCUCCGCCGCAGCCCACAGCGGUACAGGCCCGGGAGCACAAGCCCAGGGUGCCCCUCGCAGUACUAUUGGCUGGAUGGAAGCAAGGCCAAGUUCAGGAACUGGCAUUGGGAUGAGCCAUCGUGUGGUUUUGAAAUGUGUGUGGUUCUGCACUACCAGCCCUCUGCACCGCCCGACGAAGAAGGGCAUUUCCUUUUCCAGUGGAACGAUGACAACUGCAACUCCAAGAACAACUACGUCUGCAAAUACCCAGAAGAAAAAGUACAAGUGUUUACAGAGGAAGGGGACAAAGCACAUGCAGGUACAACAUGCACUUGACUAUCCAACACACACUCUCCUUGUA